AGUACCUCUAGAAGAAUCAUGACCAGCAACAUUGGGUCCCAGCCUGCAGCAAUGCAGCUCUGCUAUGAGAACAUCAAUGGAUCCUGCAUUAAAACCUCCUACUCCCCACUACUCCAAGUCAUCUUCUACCUGGCUUUUGGCUCUGGAGUUCUGCUGGCCAUUUUGGGAAAUCUUCUGGUUAUGAUUUCAGUCCUUCACUUCAAGCAGCUGUACUCUCCUGCCAAUUUUCUCAUUGCCUCCUUGGCUUGUGCUGACUUUUUGGUGGGAGCCACUGUGAUGCCCUUCAGCAUGGUGAGGUCAGUGGAGAGUUGCUGGUAUUUUGGGGAGAGUUAUUGUAAAGUUCACUCUUCUUUUGAUAUGUCAUUUUGUUAUUCUUCCAUUUUUCACUUGUGCUUCAUCUCCAUUGAUAGAUACAUUGCUGUCACUGACCCUCUGGUCUAUCCAACUAAAUUCACUCUGUUGGUUUCAAUAAUAUGCAUUUCGUUCUCCUGGCUCCUUGCCAUUACAUUUAGUUUUUCUCUAAUUUACACAGGUGUGAAUGAUGAUGGGCUGGAGGAAUUAGUAAGUGCCCUCACCUGUGUGGGAGGCUGUCAGAUUGCUGUGAAUCAAACCUGGGUACUGAUAGACUUUCUGUUGUUCUUCAUUCCCACUCUGGUCAUGGUCAUUCUUUAUUGUAAGAUUUUUCUAGUAGCCAAACAACAGGCUAGAAAGAUUGAAAGCAUGGAUAACAAGACUGAGUCAUCCUCAGAGAGCUACAAAGCCAGAGUGUCCAAGAGGGAGAGGAAAGCAGCAAAAACACUGGGCAUUGCAGUGAUUGCAUUUCUGAUUUCAUGGUUCCCUUAUUUUAUUGAAUCAAUAAUUGAUGCAUUCCUAGGGUUCAUCACCCCAACAUAUAUUUAUGAAAUUUUAGUUUGGUUUGCCUAUUAUAACUCAGCCAUGAACCCUUUGAUCUAUGCUUUCUUUUACCCUUGGUUUAGAAGAGCAAUUAAACUGAUUGUCACUGGGAAAGUCUUCAGAGAUCACUCUUCAACAAUAGAUUUGUUUUCUGAACAAAUUAAGGUUUUAGACUGA